AUUUUUAAUAAUAAAUAAAUAAUGUUAGUGGCAAUGAUUGCUCCCAAUAAAGUUUAAAUUGGAAUUUAAAAUUCAAAAUUAGAAGUUUUUGAUGAUGGAAAACAACUCUAGAAGACAGGAGGUUACAAGAAGAUCUAAGCUAUAAGGGUUUUCUUUACAGAAAAAUGGUAUUUUACAACAUUCUACAUUUUAGUGUGCGUGGAUUUGAAAUAUUUUACAAAUUAAACGCUGGGGACCUAUUGAAAGCAGGUCAUAAUAUCCCAAAAUCCAAAAAGGAACUUACGAAUGUUUUAAUUGAAAUAGGUCCUGAUGAUUACGUAAGUGAAAUAUUUGGUGCAUACUAAUCUGCUAAAAAGAAUAGGAUAAUAAAUAUUACAUUUGUAACCUAUCGUGGUAAGGUUUAAACCUUUGGUGGCAAGGGAGAUUAGACAUUUAGAUUUUGUUUUCCAGGAUCAACAUUUGGAGCAUUCAAAGGAGGGUAAAAUCAAAUAUUAAUUUGUUAGUUACAAGAAAUAAGUAGAGUGGUUGGAAAUAGAUGUUCUUCCUUUGCCAGAGGAUUUCAAGGCAGAAAUGGAAAAAUUAGGAAUAUUAAGAAUUCAGCAAUUGAUUGGAUAACCUGAGAAAGCUUAGGGUAGUAUUAAUAAUCCUUCAAAUACUCCUGCUUAAGGUCCAAUUAUUAUUGUUCCUAAGAUAUAAGUGGCUAAACCGAUGAUUAAUGUUCCUGCUAUUACUGUACCUUAAAUAAAUUAAUAAAAUAAUAAUAUUCAAUAAUAAACAUAACAAUAGAAUAUUCCAUUUCAAUAAUAAUAAUAAUAGUAUACAUAAUAAUAGUAAUAUUAUCCUUAAUAUCCAUAAUAUCCAUAAUAAUAAUAUUAUCCUUAAUAUCCAUAAUAAUAGUAAUACUAAUAGAUUCCAAAUUAAUAAAACCCUUAUGUCCCAAAUAAUUAGUAAUAAUAGCAAAACCCGUAUGCUCAGUAUAAUUAGUAAUAAUAGCCAUAGAAUUCAUACAAUAGUAGUAGCUAUCCAAAAUUUAAUUGA